AUGGAUUCUGCCAAGGCUGCCCGUACCAUUUCCAACCUAGGACGACUCGUCGACCGUGAUGAGGCGCUUAUCAGCGACUGGGACGUAACUCGAGCACCCCGUCGCAUCCUUCCCGAUGGAACCUAUGACGAGACCCCACGCCUUAGCAAGGCAUAUCUCAUGGCCGACCCAAGAUAUACUGCAGUCAGGGAACAGCCUGUGAUCGGACGGGCCUUUUCUCGCACCUUCAUUGGUAGAGUUCAACAAGCUGCUCACUUCCCGGUUGCUAGAAACUUUAUGAUCUACCAUUCGAUUCCACAGCACUGUGAGCUUGGGCAGCCCUGCAAUCACUGGGGCAUCUUGGACGAAGCGGAUUGGUACAACCACCCGGAAUCCCUUUGUCUUCAGGUCGUUGCUGUGCAAAGUGACUUUGUUGCUCGGGGUCAGAGCGGCUUUGGUCUGAUUCACAUGUUUGAUGACCAAGAGCCUCAGGAGCAGAAGAUCACUACUACCCCUGCGUACAUCUUCCAAUAUACGAAGCCGGACUUUGCCGUUAUUGGGCGAGUUGGAUACACGGUUGUUUGUUGGAGACUGGUUGACUCUUCACCCAAUGCGGAGAUCAAGUGGAUGGAUCAGUAUGGACGUUGCAUGUAG